GCUGCACCCUUUAGGAGGCUUCUCUUGCUGCAACAAAAGCUUCAAUUCCCCUCUGCUACUGCUACUGGAUUGCUCAUCGGAGUCUUGUUCGGAGGCCGAGUCGAAGAUGAAAUCGAUUCCCACGUCCCGGACCACAAUAGACCUCGCGUGGAUGUUAGCGAAGACGCCAGCAAAGCUGAUGAAUACGCCAACUUUGACCAAUCCAUUGGAAUAAGGGCAAUGAUGACCGCGUUCACUGGCUCUUCGCUUUUUACGCUGUUGUCUUAUUUCAUUCCGAUAAUGACGAAUUUACCAGUGUUCGGACAAAGUUUAGCAGAUAACUGGGCUUGGAGCUUCAACCUGUCACCUGCUUACUUUGGAUUCGGCAUGAUCAUCAAACCAGCUAUCAAUGUUGCCAUUUUGAUUGGCUGCAUCUUUGGCUGGGCUAUCCUCUCACCAAUUGCCUAUCAUAAAGGAUGGGCACCUGGUCCUGUUCGAGACUGGAACACGGGCUCCCAAGGAUGGAUUCUCUGGAUCGGAAUAGGGUUUAUACUUGGCGACUCGGCGGUAGGGCUAGGCUGGCUCGUCUCCAAGCCUAUAUUUUCAAGCAUACUUCGAUGCCGUGUCUGGCUAUCUGCGAAACACUUCUCCAAUGGCCUACCCAACGAAAGAACACCGCUCCUUCAGCUAGUACAUUCUACGACCGAUGAAAACAGUACUGGUAACCAGAAGCCUAGCAGAGAUGACGUGUGGCCUCAGAAAAGCCGCAACACAGCCUUAUUAACGAGCUGCUUGUACCCUUUGAUAUUUAUCGUCUGUGCAGUCUCAUUGUACCGUAUAUUUCCCCGCGCCCUCCCGAUAUUGGCAAUAGUCGUUGUUAUGAUUAUAGUACUUCCCGCGAGCUUCAUUUCGAUGCGAUGUUUCGGGCAGGUAGACAGCGCUGGGCUUGUCGCCAUUAGCCGGACCGCUCAGUGCAUCUUGAGGCUGUUUAUUCCACCCUCAGUCUCUGGUCAUAUAAUGUAUAACAUAGCUAUGGGCGGUGUCGUUGAAGCCGGAGCGUGGCAGGCAUCGCAACACAUGGCUUGGUCGAAGACAGCUCAUAUGACCAGAACUCCACCAAGAGCUGUUUUUUACGGUCAAGUCAUCGGCUCGCUUUCUGGCGCAAUUGUGGCCACACUUCUAUAUCGGCUUUACACCUCGGCGAAAAACUUCCCCGGUGACGAGUACGCAAUUCCCGACGGGCACAUGUGGCUUAUUACAGCAAAACUUAUCUACAAACGCGGACUACCUCCUCAGGUAUUCAAUUUUGCCCUCGCAACUACCCUGGUGGGAGCUAUAUCCGGGAUUCUUCGUAUCGUUGGCGAAGACACGUGGCGGCAAGACUUCAUACCCUCCGGCAUUGCUGUAACUGUUGGCAUGUACAUUCCUCCGGCCUUGACUCUUCCGCGGGUUUUAGGUAGCCUCGUCUUCUGCAUUCUUCGACGCAAGACCUCAAUCAGUCAUUUCACAAUGAUGUGUGUUGCCAGUGGAAUGAUCUUGGGCCAAGGCGUCUGA